CUCAACUUUUGGACUUUCAUUUUUGGCCUUUUCUCACUGGGCUGAAUGCCCCUAUACAUAACACCCUUCGUCUGAUUUUUUUAAGGUUUUGGGGAUUACCCAUCGGGAUUUCUUCUCAUGGAAUUCCGCUCCUUCCUGCUUGAGGGAUGUUGUCCAACAAAAGUGGGGUUCCGACACUGUGCCCGCGGUGACCCAGCCUGUAUGAUCUGGUCCUCAAAAGCGGGCUUGGCGCCGCCGUUUUUUAUGGUUCUUGCUCACUCACUCGCUCUCCUCAACUGACGUCGAUACAGAUAACGGUUGCUGGGUCAUUGUUGUUGAAAAUUCUCUCUCCUACGCAAGAUUUUCUAAAACAACACGGAGAGGGAUUUGGUCAAAUGUGUCGAUAACAUCCAGCCUCACGCCUUCGACAUACAUAUCACACACCACUUGCCGCUUUUACUUGGACAGGAGUUUCCGCGCCGCCCGGUCCGGAGGAUUCGGAAAGGGUGGAGUCCGGAGGUCCCGAGCCGGAGCCGGAGGAGUGUGGUUUUGACAGCUUGGCGCCAAGGGGGUAGGGAAAGCCAAAGAUGCCGACCUUGGCGAUUACAAACUUCAACAUUGUGUUGAGCGUGUUGGGGGGGUGGAUCAGUUUGUUUGGACUGGUGUCGUAUUUGAUGAAGGAAAAUUUUUAUUUGAGUGAGGCUUUGAUUUCGUUGCUUGCGGGAGUGGCCUUUUCUCCGGCGGCGGCGAAUUUAAUUAAGCCGCUCGAGUAUACUUUGGGAUCGGAAGAAGACCUCAACAUUGUCACGCUCUCGUUCACCCGUCUUGUUCUUGGGAUUCAGCUUGUUUUGGCGGGUGUUCAGUUACCGUCACGAUAUCUCAAGAAACAAUGGCGGCCGCUGCUGUGGUUUCUGGGCCCGAUCAUGACGGCUAUGUGGCUGUCUACUGCUCUUCUGAUCUGGGGUCUGGUGCCUGGGAUUAGGUUUCUGGAGGCGCUGGUGGUGGGCAGCUGUGUCACGCCCACGGACCCGGUGUUGAGCAAUGUGAUUGUGAAGGGCAAGUUUGCGGAUCAUAACGUGCCGAAGGAGCUGCAGGAUGUGAUUAUUGCCGAGAGUGGUGCGAAUGAUGGGUUGGGGUAUCCGUUUUUGUUUUUGGGGCUGUAUUUACUUGAGGUGGGAUGGGGUGGAGGGGAUGGGGGGGUGAGGGGGGCGAUGGGGCAGUGGUUUGGAGAGACUUGGGGGUAUACGAUACUGUUGAGUGUGGUGUAUGGUGCUGUUGUGGGUUGGGGAGCGAACAAGCUGUUGCAUUGGGCUGAGGAGAGGAAGUUUGUGGAUAGGGAGAGCUUUUUGGUUUUUGCUAUCAGUUUGGCGUUGUUCAUCGUGGGAACGUGUGGGAUGAUUGGGAGCGAUGACGUCCUUGCUUGUUUCAUUGCAGGCAAUGCCUUCACCUGGGAUGACUGGUUUCGAUUGGAGACGCUGGACGAUUCGUUACAGCCAACCAUUGACAUGCUGCUGAAUGUGUCGGUGUUCAUGUGGUUGGGGGCGGUUUGCCCAUGGCAUGAGUUUUUGGUGAAUGAUGGGGUGGCACCGCUGCAUCGGCUGGUUGUUUUGGGAAUUCUGGUGCUGCUGUUCAGGAGGUUGCCAUGGGUGUUUGCGAUCCACAAGUUUAUCCCCCAGAUCGAGGAAGUCCGCCAGGCGAUAUUCGUGGGUUUCUUUGGCCCGGUAGGGGUUUCGGCGAUCUUCUAUCUCUAUAUCACAUUGGAGUUCUUGAAGACGAUGGAGCCAAGCGAGGAGGUUGAGCAUUUGGGGCACGUGGUCAAAGUUGUGGUAUGGUUCCUGGCCAUUUGCAGUAUUGUUGUGCAUGGCCUGAGUCUCCCACUUGGAAAGCUAGGAUUUUACCUUCCCAGGACCCUCUCAAGAGGAAUCUCUGUGACAUCUGAUGGGGGGGAAUUUCUUCCACCAAUUCGAAACAGAGUGAGCACACUGGUCGCCCGACGACCAAGGAGAAACUCAGGAGAGGAACUGCCUGCCACGGAGCCUCCUUCGUCAGACGCAAGGCGUUCCAUUUCCAGAAUCGGCGGCAAUGUUAUCCCCAGUCGGCCAGUAGGUGGGGAACUAGAUGUCAAAACCAUAGCCGCUGGCUCGGGCGGGCUCGCCAUGGGCACUGACGGAUCUAGCAGCGCCGUCAAAAUAGACCUCGAAUCACCAAGUCUCCCAGGACGGACAAUACGGUUUCUGGAUGAGUCUCCAGCGAUCGCAGGACCGACCUCAGCACCAGGAUCGGCCGGGACGCACAAUGCUGACAGUAGCUGAGUACUGGGCUGCCCGGAUUAGCCGGGAUGACCUCCAUCUCGGGGUAAAGAAACAGUGCCAAGUGGUGGGAUUGGGAACAUGAUGUACAGACCACCAAACGAGAGGCCUCAGAUGUCCUCUGUCCUUUCUUUUCUGCAGUGUUGCGUGCCUCCAUAGCAAGGAGUUUUAGUAUCAUUUUGGAGUCGCAUGUUGUAGACAAAAUAAGAUGAAGUAAGAACAGUUAGCUACCUCCCUUUUUGAACCCUUUUAUGACCCUUGAAGGCCCUCGUCUCAUGCAGCAGUCUCGCUUUCUCUGACCACGACGUCAGUCCGUAAUAUGAAAAAGAAAUACUCGAAACAGUUCCGUAAUUCGUCCAUCAUUUAUACCCUAUUCCCUCCUGUUAGCGUCCGCAAAAUGACGCGUUUCCCCUUGUCCCCUUUCCAGCGCCGAGAAACUCGGUGGGCUAG